AUGACCGGUAAAGAGAUUAUCACAGUCAUCUGGAAAAUUGCUCUAGAUGUCCUCACCGUGGCCCCUCCCUACCAGGGCCCUGACAUAAGAAUGGGGUUGAUGGCAGAGCCAUCCAAGAAGCCCGCCUCACUGCUAAAACCCUUGGUCCCCUCUAAGUCCAAACUCACCACCAUUGAGACCAAGAGGAUCAUGUCCGUACUGGACGAGACCAUCCACAAGGUAGAGUUGGUGACUCUGCUGUCAUAUGUGGCUUCUAAUUACGAGACUCUGGAGGGGAUGCUGGGACAGGACAUCUUGAAGGCUGUGAGGGAGCACGAGGACCUCUGCCAUAGCCUCCUGGACAGUGUCAUUUACCUGCGAGAUAAAGAAAGGCAGUUGCAGGAGGAGGAAGAGGAGGAAGUGUGGUACAGAGACCGCCUCUUCUCUUUAGAACUACAGAAAUCCAGCCUCCUGCCACUUAUGCAACAGAUCAAAGAAUCUACCAAGGACAUCCUCAGACUCUUGCUCAAUAACCCACAGGCAGCAAGGCUCUUGCAGAUGCAUACAGUGAGCAGAAGCGCAGAAGCCCAAAAUUUUAUUGAUUGCCUGAUAGAACUACGGGGUUUCCUCUUCGAGAAGCUGCUCACUAGUCCCAUGGAAGCUAGAAAUAAGAAUCAGUUCAUACAGGAUAUCAGUAGACGGAACAGGAGGAACCAAGAAAUCAUCGAUGCUCUCGAAAAUGAAUUGGCAGUGAGCAUGAAGAACAGAGAUGCAGAGGUGGAGAAAGAGAACUUUGUGAUCCAAGAACUGAAAAACCACCUGCACCAGGUGCUCAAGCUCUCAGAAAACAGCCUCUUCCGCAUCAAACAGGAGGCGGAGAAGCAGCAGAAGGCCUACUUCCGGGCCUCGCAGGCCAGGGUGUCCAAGAUGCAGCAGGAGAUACUGAUGCUCAGGUCCCAGCACCACAACCUGGUCAUGGAAAACCAGGAGGCAGAGCAGGCGCUGAGGAAGAAGAAAUAUAAAGUGGAGACGGAAAUCGAGAACUGGAUCCAGAAGUAUGAUAUGGAGAUGAGUGCAAAGCAGGAUGAGUACGAGGAGCUUGACACCAUCCACAAGGAGGAGAAGGUCCAGCUGGAGGAGCUGAAGCAGAGGCACAACGUGCUCGUGGAGGAGUUCGCCCAAAUCCGGGCCGAGCGGGAGAUCAAUGCCAAGAAGAGGAUGGAGGCCAAGCAGGAGAUGCUGCGCAUGACGCGGGCCGCCACGCUCAUCCAGGCUUUGUGGAAGGGCUACCUGGUCCGCUCCAUGCUCAGGUCCAGGAAGAAGAAGCGGAGCAAGAGCAAAGGGAGGGACAAGAGGAAGGGCAAGGGGAAGGCCAAGGAGAAGGCCAAGGGGAAGGCCAAGGCCAAGAAAUGAGUCUGCUCCUGGGGGCCCCAUUCCUGGUUUGUGUCUCUGUGCUCCCCACUUCCCAGAGAGCAGGCCAUGAGGCCACAAGGAGGGGGAGCCUUGCCAUUCCUGGCUGAAAUGAUUUUUCAAAGUUAAAAGUCUUUUUAAACCACAUCCUACAAAUAAAUGUCUUUUUGCCCAGG